GGCCUGGAUGCGGCCGGAGCCGAGCAGCGCUGGAGCCGGAGCCUCAGCCCUCAGGCGCCACUGUGAGGACCUGACCAGACCCGACCACCCCACAGCGCCCGGCCCCGGCCUCCUCCGCGCCGUCCCGCCGCCAGGUCCUGCCGCCCCGCCUACCGUCCGGGAGCGAACCCGUCGUCCCGCACUCGGAGUCCGCGAUGGCUUCAGUGACGGAUGGUAAAACUGGAGUCAAAGAUGCCUCUGACCAGAAUUUUGACUACAUGUUUAAACUGCUUAUCAUUGGCAACAGCAGUGUUGGCAAGACCUCCUUCCUCUUCCGCUAUGCUGAUGACACGUUCACCCCAGCCUUCGUUAGCACUGUCGGCAUCGACUUCAAGGUGAAGACGGUCUACCGUCACGAGAAGCGGGUGAAACUACAGAUCUGGGACACAGCUGGGCAGGAGCGGUACCGGACCAUCACAACAGCCUAUUACCGUGGGGCCAUGGGCUUCAUUCUGAUGUAUGACAUCACCAAUGAAGAGUCCUUCAAUGCUGUCCAAGACUGGGCUACUCAGAUCAAGACCUACUCCUGGGACAAUGCGCAAGUUAUUCUGGUGGGGAACAAGUGUGACAUGGAGGAAGAGAGGGUUGUUCCCACUGAGAAGGGCCGGCUUCUCGCAGAGCAGCUUGGGUUUGAUUUCUUUGAAGCCAGUGCAAAGGAGAACAUCAGUGUAAGGCAGGCCUUUGAGCGCCUGGUGGAUGCCAUUUGCGACAAGAUGUCUGAUUCUCUGGACACAGACUCGUCGAUGCUGGGCUCCUCCAAGAACACGCGUCUCUCGGACACCCCACAGCUGCUGCAGCAGAACUGCUCAUGCUAGGCAAGGCCCACCUUCCUGACCUCCCCUCAUUGUGGCCCCACACCCAGUCUGCUUCUCCCUGUUACACACUGUCCACUCUCAGCCCACUCUCCCUGUUACACACUGCCCACACUCAGAGCAAGAUGAGUUGCUGCUAUUCUUUGCCUGCCCCUGGGGUUCUCUGCAGAUGGUCCCAGUAAUAGAUACUCAGCACUAGACUAACAGAACAGGUCACUACACAGGUGGAGAAUCACUUUACAAAAGAAGACUCUGUUUUACGAAGGGGAUUCACUACAGGGACUUAGAAAACAGUCUCUUUUCUGCCUUUAAAAUGAGACUUCCUCCAUUUACCAAAAUGUGACACACACACAUUCUUCAGGGGCAUGCCAAUUGCAUAAAAUGAGGCUCGCCUGCAUAGCUAAUCCUAUUAAAGACAACUUCUCAAAGCACAACGUGCUUGUUUCCUAUCGGGCUCCCUGUGGGGCUUUCUCUCACUACAAGUCAAGCUUGGGCUCUCAAAGCCCUGCGCCUGUUACCACGGAUGCCCACAGGGCCUGGGCAGUUGCUGUGGCGACAGGCAGAGCUAAUCUUCAGAGAGCUCAGACUCUCUAAUGAUGCUGAAGCAGCAAAGGCUGAGUCAGAAACACACUUAAGAGAAAAGAUUAUCCCCUACAAAAUGUCAGAGGUUCCUGUUAUAUGAAAGAGCAAGUAGGUAUGCUCAAGAAAGACCAACAGAGAAAAAGAGAAACAGGCAAGAUCAAGAAACAGAUCACGAGUUUCUGAUUUUGCUGCUUUCCAGUUGGUUCUUAACUGUGGGAACUUAGUGAAAUUGGUUAUUGGUUCUUAGACUCCUAGAACCUGAGGAUUUUAGAUUUGAUGGGAUUCCCAAAUUUACCUAGUCUGACUAGUCAGUUCUAACCUUCCUUUUUCUGACAAGUGACUGUCAAGCCUAACAAUCAAAUCUCUUUCUUCUAAAGCACACCUUCUAGGCAGGGACAGGAGCUCAUUUUCCACACCAUCUUUGUCAACUCUCAUAGAAAGUUUUCCUUGCUUCAAGCUCAAAUCUGCCUCCUGGAAGUUCUUCUUCUUCUUCCCUCCCUGUUGGUACCAGCUCUGCUGUCAGAGACUUCACAGUCUGUGCUCCCUCUGCCGUGUGACAUCUUCAGACUAUUUGAGAACAGGAAUCAUGACUCCUGGGACUUGCCUUUUCUCUAGGUCAAAUACCUCUAUAAUUCCAUCUGCUGUUCUUCAUAGUGUCUUCUCCCUAUCCUGCCCCCUUCCUCCAAUCCAUCUUUUAACUGCUCUUGAGCAGUCUAACUGAGAAGUAUGAUUCAAAGCAAAAUAAAUCUUAAGGUGGCAUGACCCUGAAAAAUUUGAGAAAAUUGAACUCAGAGAUCCCAAUCCCAACCCCUUUCUCCUGGGAGUGAAACCUUAGUUUCUACCAGAGAGCGUGGGAAACCACUUCUGGUGGAAGCCCCUUAAUUAAACACCUGAGGAAAAAAAUAAAAGAAACUCAGAGACCAGAAUAAAUUAGCUCAUUAUUCUAGCUUGCUUGGCCACAGGGACAUAUUUGGUUUUGGCUGAAAUAAUGACAUGGAACUGGCAAUGAUUCCAGAAAAUCUUUCUUCUCUAUCACAGCCUGAAUCCUCAGCCACCUCAAAAGUCAGCAGGCAGGGGGAGUCUCUCCCCAGUUUUCUCUUCAUUUCAAAUGAGGCUCAUUGUCCUAGAAAAGUACAUUAACUAGCAACCAGUCCAAUGACUAAAUAAAAGGACCAUCUAGGACGCUGUGGCUCACACCUGUAAUCCCAGCACUUUGGAAAGCCAAGGCAGGAGGAACACUUGAGGCCAGGAGUUUGAGACCAGCCUGGGCAAUGUGGUCAAAUUCUAUCCCUACAAAAAAAAAAAAAAAAAUUAGCCAGAUGUGAUGGUGCAUGCCUGCAGUCCCAGCUACUUGGGAGGCUGAGGCAGGAGGAUUGCUUGAGCCCAGGAAUUUGAGGUUGCAGUGAGCUGUAAUCAUGCUACUGCAUUCCAGUCUGGGUGACGGAGUAAGACCCUGUCUCUCUCUCUCUCUUUUUUUUUUAAAGGAGUCAGCUCUACAAAGAUGUUGCUUUCUUUGAUGCAAUGCAGAGAACAGAGCUUUGGACUUGGAAUCAGGAGACCUGGACUCUGUCAUUAAAUCAACUGUGACUCUGGGCCAGUUACUUUCCAUUUUUGAGCCUUGAUUUCCUACUUAUAAAAUGAGGGAGCUUAUUUGGAUGAUCUUUAAGGUCUCUUUUGGCACUAAUAACUCGGUGACUCUUUUUUUUCACCUUCACCAUUUCAGUUGAUCCACCAAACAAACCUGAGAGAUCAGGAUUGGCAUCCAAGAGUUGUCUUGGCCAACUCUGAUGUCAUGCUUACUCUGUACUAGACAUUGUUCCAAGCAUUUCACAUGCAUUAACUCAUUUAUCUUCCCAACAUCUUGUGAGGGAGGCACUAGAGUGAGCCUCAUUUGAAGAUGAGGAAACAAAAGUACAAAGAGGUUCUAGCUUGACCUCUAAGGUUACAUAAUAAGUAAGUGGUAGAGCUGGAGUUCACAUCCAGGCAGCAGGCUCCAAGGUCUGUGCUCUUAACCACAUUCUGGGCUGCAUCUUUUAUAGACAAACUAUGAUCCAGAGAGAUUACGAGAUUUGGAUCACAUACCAAGAGAGUGUUAAAGCCACAUUAGGAUUCAAUUCCAGGGCCAUCAGAUUCCAAGUCCACUGGAGAAAAGAUGUAUAUCUCUAAUCUGUUAACAAAUUGCUCAACUACUCAGACUAAUCCCAGGUGAUGGAUGUCUAAUGCUCAAGAAAGGCGAGUCAGUCUCUGAGGCAACAGAUCCCAUGGGCCUGGGUAGAAAAUGCCCAGUGCUUCCCAGUCCCAAGUGCUGGCUUUCCGUGUAUCUGCCUCUGCCAGGCAACACUUAUCAGGCUCCCAAUCAGCAGGAGCCUCCAUGAUCCACUUUGAACAGCCUCUAUGCUCCAGCAAUGGGGCAUUUGUGAAGAGUGACUUGAUUAACUUUUCUGACCAUGGGUAUAAUACGGUUGCUUCACAGGGCAGUGGUUCUGGGUGUGAUUUUUACACUGUAACGUUGUAUACAGUGUCAUGGAUAAUUACUAUUUUUUUCUGGUCAUUAACACUCACCUACUCUAGUACUAGGAUUUCAGACCAAGGUCCUCAUGACGCCUGGAUAUUUUAGUAUCUAUAUCCAAUAAUCUUUUCUCUCCUACUGAAUAUCCAGGCAAAGAUCAAAUCAUUUUCUUUAAAACUGUCAAAUUCUGUAAAACUCAGGAGCCAGUUCAAGGGAACAAGCAUCUUCACAAUAGAUGGAAUCAAGAGUUAAAUGUUAUAGUGGCAAACUCGUCUACUGGGCAACAGACAACCAGACCUGCUUGUGAGAUGGCAGCUCCCCAGCCCUGCUCUGUGACCUCAUUUCUGUCAAAUGAAAGGCAGCAGCUUCCAGCUGAUUGCAGCACAGUGUUCAUCAAUCACAGUAAUAGCGCAAUUAGCCACCAGGGUUCAAGCUGUGUAAUAUGUGUUAGUGGCAACUUGUCCUGGAUUUAAUCUUCCUAAACAAUCCAAAUAAAAUAUUUAAAAACUCUUGACUUCUGGCUGGGCACAGCAGUUCAUGCCUGUAAUCCCAGCACUUUAGGAGGCCUAGGUGGGUAGAUCACCUGAGUUCAGGAAUUCAAGACCAGCCUGGGCAACAUGGUGAAACCCCAUCUCUACUAAAAAUACAAAAAUUAGCCAGGCAUGGUGGUGGGCACCUGAAAUCCCUACUCAGGAGGGUGAGGCAGAGAAUCGCUUGAACCUGGGAGGCAGAGGUUGCAGUGAGCUGAGAUCGUGCCACUGCACUUCAGCCUGGGUGACAGAAUGAGACUCCAUCUCAAAACAAAACAAGCAAACAAACAACAACAACAACAAAAGCCUCUUGACUUCUAAACAGGCAAAAGUGGCCAAAAGUGUGAUACAGUAUUGUGUUUGUUUACAUCUAUUUUAAAUGCGUGUGUAUCUGUAAAUACAAAGUGAUUCAUGACUUAUUGUCUCCUCAGUCAAUAGCAUUAUUAACUUCUAGGAGCAGCAGUGGAGUAGAGUGUACUGAAUGGUCACAGACUCAUUGAUUAUCAGAUCUAGAAAGGAGCUUAGAGAAGAUCUGUUCCAGGCUCCUAUUUUAUAGAAGGGAAGGUUGACGUCCAAGGAAUGGAAGGAAAUCGCCUAAUUAUUCUGAGAGUACCGCAGUGAUGGAGCCAGGACUAGGUCCUGGAUCACCUCUAAGAAGACAUUUAGCUAUUUGAGUAUUGACUAGGGCCUAGCAUUAUUAAGCACUAGAUAAAUACAGAUGAAAAAAAAUGAUCCCUGCCUGCAAGGUCCUUAUGAUCUAAUGGAGAUGCUGUUUCUAAAAUAUUAUUAUCACAAUUUGGCAGUCAAGGAAACAGCCCUGGAAAAGUUAACACGCUCAAGUCACCCACUAGCAUCAUUUGAACCCUCCUCUGUCUGACUCAUGCUCUUUCAAAUUUUUUUUCUUCAGAUUGUCUUAGAAGAAGGGUAGAUGGGAUAUACCCUCUGGUAGUACCAGGCUCCCAAGGAUUCUUAGAGUUAAAUAACCUCAGUUAAUUAAAUAACCACAAUUUCUUGGUGACCGAAGCCUUAUAACAUCCACAGAAUAAGACCAUUCUCCAGACCUGACUCCCCAACUCAUAUCACCUGCUCCUGCCAGCCACUAAGCUCCUUGCUUGGAUAUCGAGUUUUCUGGAGUAUCCUGAGGAAUGUUUGUUUGACUUUGUUUGCCAACAGUUUGGGGGAAGGGGAAAGAACUACAAUAAUCAGUGUCCUGGGAUCUCAUUGAUUUCGGAUUCCCUGCCCCAAGCCUACACCCAAUUACCUGCCAUAGUUGGGGAAUCAAGUAGCAUCCUGUGGCUGGAAGUAGAUGCAAAACACUAGUCUGUGAGAUAUAAAUACUGUUAAAUGAGAGUUUUUGAAGGUCCUGAUCCGUUAUAUGAAGUAGACAAAAUUCAAAUUUAUUUAUUCAUUUAUUUUCUCAACAAAUGAAUAUGUAUUAUGUGCCAGGAUACAAGUAUAGCUUCAUGAUUUAGUCUAGACAUUGUCAAAUCAUCACCCAAACAUAAUUACAAAGUACUCUAAAGGAAAGGCACAUGAUGCUGUGAGAACACUCAACUGGGAAACCGGAAUCACCUUUGAGAAACUGUUUCAGGGGCUCUUGGGAGAGUCUACUGCUCCCAAAUAUCUCUGCUACCCACUGGCCAUUGCUUUACAUUCCUCCACUAAGCUUUCAUCUUUUAGUACUAACCUUUGAUGGCUGAUUAAAUACAAAUGCCCCAAGAAAAGUGAGGAUAGGAGAAAGAAUAUCUCUACCUGUGAAACAUUGUUAGACUGCCUGGCUAGGAGUUCAUUGUUGUUUUCUGAAGGACAUAACCUACCACUCCAAAACUUAUAGGCUUAAAACAACAAACAUGUAUUAUUUCUUAUGAUUCUGUGGGUUGGCUGGGUGGUUCUUCUGGCUGAGGCAGGAUGGUCUAGGAUAGCUACAUCCACAUGUCUGGGGUCCCACCUGAGAUGACUGGGGCUGUUGAGGCCUUUCUCCCUGUGGUGUCAUCCUCCAGAAGGCUGCCCAGAUUUGUCCAUAUGGUAGCAGGAGUUUCCUCGAAGCAAGAGAGGGCAAGAUCCAACACAGAAGCACUUUUCAAGCUCUGUUUCCAUCACAUUUGCAAAUGUCUCACUGAUGGACACAAGUUCCAUGGCCAAGCCCAGUUUUAACAAAUGGAGAAAUAGGGCUGGGCUCAGUGGCUCACGCCUGUAAUCCCAGCACUUUGGGAGGCCGAGGCAUGUGGAUCACUUGAGGUCAGGACUUCCAGACCAGCCUGGCCAACAUGGUGAAAACCCAUCUCUACUAAAAAUACAAAAAUUAGCUGUGCGUGGUGCCGGGCGUCUGUAAUCCCAGCUACUUGGGAGGCUGAAGCACGAGAAUUGCUUGAACCCAGGAGGAGGAGGUUGCAAUGAGCCUAAAUCGCACCACUGCACUUCAGCCUGGGCGAUAGAGCCAGACUCAGUCUCAAAAAAAAAAAAAAAAAAAAAAAAGGGAGGGGGAAAUAGAUGCCAUCUCUUUAUGGGAGGAGCUACAAAAUAUGGUGACCAAUUUUUUAAUCCACCACAGGAAGCAACCUCAGUCCUCUGAAACUAAGUCUGGUAGAUGUCUUGGGGUCUUAAAACAUGGCUCUGAUUAUAUCACCAAAGACAAGUGGCAAAAUCGUCUAGGGCAGGGCAGUCUUAUCAUUUGUUUAGUAGUUAUCCAAAGGAUUUACUUUGGAGAAAUCAAGACACCUCAGAUGAAGAAGUUUUGAUGCUUGUUAAACAGUCCAUUUGGAUACUUCUUAGCUAUCCCCGAGGGACAAAUCUGACUUCUCAUUUCACAGGAUUCACCAUAGAUAAUGGUUGUAAUUCCUACCUGAAGCUCCUGGCCAGAAGCCCAGCAGAAAGAUUCAGUAUAUACAGAAAAGAUGGCUCCAAGAACAGUUGGGCCUUUUGUUCUAACUGUACUUCCUUCCUUGAUGUACUCGUCUAGUCCCAAGGCUUUAGAUGCCAAGUCUUUGAUAAUAACAUGUGUACCUAAGUGCCUACUGGACCUUUUCAUGUCUCAAACUUAACAUGUCCAAAUUGAAACUCUUGAUUCUGCCCCCAAACUUGUUUGAACCCCAGUCUUCACAGAAAACUCAUCCUUAAUUCUUUGAUUUUUCUCUUUUUCUUAGCCUCCUUGUCUAAUCUAGCAGUAGAUCCUAGGGUUUUACUUCUAAAUGUAUCUCAAAUCUGAUCAUUUUUUCUCCAUUUUCAUUGCCAUGACCUUGGUCCAGGCCACCAUUGUUUUCUGCCCUAGAGAGCUACCAUAGAGUUCCUAACAUUUCCCUACUCACAUAAUUACUCCACUCUAGUCCAUUCUCUCUCACAGGAGUAACAUUUUAUAUAUAU